GUAUAUGAACCAUGCAAAGUUUAGUUUCUCUUUGCUUGCAGCUAACGAAAUUCAAAAAACUCCAAAACUCGAAAUUGUUUUAAUUUUGUCGUUUGUUCUUUUGAUUUUAUAGUAGUUUAUUAUUUAUCACUUUUCGUAAACCGUCAUCGACGCAUCAUGUUGACCUACAUUGGCGCCCAUCUAUCGUACACUCUACCAGUGAUCGGUGUCUUAACUUUAAUAACUCGGCCGUUUAUCAAUCGAUUGGAAAUUUUUAAAAUCGGAUUUAUAAGCGUUUUAGCUGUUCUCUACACGAUACCGUGGUACAGCUAUUUUGUAUACAAUCACGGGGCCAAGACAUAUUCGCCCGGGGCUGUUCUAGCCGUCGUCGGAAAUGUACCCGUCGAGGAGUACAUGUUCGUCGUCAUGCAAACCGUUCUGACUUCGUUGUGGGCCUUGAUGUUCGUCCAGUGGUCGACUCCGUGCUUGAACUUCAACUACGACAAACGCAGUUACCAGUUGAUUCGUUGGUUACCCAUAUCUUUGUUGACCGUGGUCACGGCGGUCGGUUACGCGAUGGCCGCGCGGGGACAAGAGACCUUCUACUUGGGAUCCAUGAUGUGCUGGGCGUCCCCGGCAAUCGCGCUCAUGUGGUACGGAGCCGGAAAUUUUUUUGUGAAAAAGAUCAUACCGUCGUCGAUUGCGAUCGCGGGCCCUACGUUGUACAUGUGUUGGGUUGAUCGAAUGACCGUCGACGACGACGGCAACAACGACUCAGGCAAGUUGAUGCCGGAAGAAGCGCUGUUUUCCUUCAUCACGAACCUGAUGGUCGUCCUGGCGGGUUCGUCCUACGACAAGGCGUACGGUAUGAUCGUCACGUAUUCGUUGGAUUUCCCACACCAGUUCAGCAUUAGUUGUAAGUUCGUUCGACAGAUGUUAAGAGCAUUCUUGACAUCGGAAUAUGCUACGCCUUCUGACGUGACACGAGAUAUUAAGACAAGCGUUAAGGUCUUGAGCACUUCGAAUGCGUUUGGUACAUCCAAUUAUUUAUUCCAUGCCGGUAUUCGAUUGGAUUUAAUAAUAUUGUACGCAUUUUGCCGUGUAACGGACGAGAUGUUUGAUACCAGGUCAGAUGAGAAAAAGAAAAAAGUCAAAUUAGAGUUAUCCAAACAAUUUAUCAGUGAAAUUUUUGCUGACAGAAAAUCGGAUUAUGAUGUAAAAAAAACACCCCAAGAAGUGAAAAUUGAUUGGAAAAAAUACGAAACCGAGUUCACCGAUGUCGAAUUAGCAUCUUAUCGUGCAGUGUCUAGAAUCGCAUUUUUUUUACCCCGUAAACCAUUCGAAGAGUUAUUCGCUGGUUACCAAUGGGAUCUUGAGUUCACAUUAGUUCGAAACGAAAAAGAUUUGAUGUUAUACACCAGCUAUGUAGCCGGAAGCAUUGGCGCAAUGUGCCUUUAUGUAAUAAUGUACAGAUAUGGUAAUGACAUGAAUGAGCUCGUCGACAAUGCCGAUUAUUUGACUAAACACGCGUACAAAAUAGGGCAAGGCUUACAACUCGUGAAUAUUGCUCGGGACCUCGUAAGCGACAGCGAAUCUCUGGGUCGGUGUUAUUUUCCAGCUGAAUACAUGGACGACGAAAAAGAAGAUUUACGGAUCCUACGUCAAGAAAAAAAUCCCAGGUCUUUGGGAAAUAAGAAGUUGAAGAAAUACUCUUCGAAAAUGAUACAGUUGGCUAACAAACAACAAUUCGAAUCAGUGGGUGCUAUCAAAUAUUUGCCACAAGAUUUAAUAGGUUCAGUUCUAGCAUCUACUGAAAUGUACCGAGGGCUGAUUAAGGCGAUACAGUCGUGCCCGACUUAUCCGACCAGAGCGUCGUUACCAAAAUUGAGUAAAUUAUUAAUAGUACUCAAUACUCUUUACAUUAAAAGCAUCCAAUACAUUUUUUAAGUGGAUUUAAAAG